GCUUCCGCUCCUGCGUAGAAGGGGGUGGCAGGUCAAGAUGCCGGAAUCCUCUCGCUUGUCGGGCGUGGGCUACAAGCCACUGGUGGGCGUGUCGCUGCCGCGGACGCUAGACCCGGCCGAGUACCAGCAGUCCGAGCAGACACGCCAGCAGCAGGCCGAGCGCCUGGCCCUGCGCUCCCGCCUCAAGCUCCAGUACCAGCUGCAGCUCAACAACCCUCACCGCCAUGGGCUUGUCGAAGAUCCUGCCUUGCUUCGUUGGACCUAUGCUAGAGCAAACGUCUAUCCACAUUUCAGGCCCACUAUAAAGACGUCCCUGUUGGGAAUUGUAUGGGGGGUUGGACCUGUUGUAUUCUGGACUUACGUCUUCGCAAAACGGAGGGCUCAAAAAGAGAAGGAGAUCAAGGAAGGCAAACGUGAGCUACUGGCUCAUCUCAGGUGUUGAGUCUGGGAACUAGAUGUUGCAGCGUUGUUAUUGGGCCCUUCAUUGAAUGUCCAGUAUGUUGUACGUUGCUGAGAUUUGAUCCUAUAUAAAAAUAUAAACUGUA